CUCAUUCCUCAUCUUAUACAACUAAAUAUCUCUUCUAAGUUCUAACCAAGAACUUCUUUAUUAUAUUUGUUCAUAUUCAAGCCAAAAAAAAAAAUAUGUUGGCUAUAUUUCACAAGGCAUUUGCUCAUCCACCAGAUGAGCUAAAUAGUCCUGCAUCUAGAAGAUCUUUACUUCCUGAAGAAACACUUCAAAAAUUUCUAUCUGCUGACCCUUCCAAUACUUCCUCUGUAUGCUUUGGUGAUGCUGCUGCUCUUGCUUUUGUUCGUCCUCACUGCAAUACCUUGCUUCAUCAGACACAAAGGUUGUUUUGUGGGUAUGAUGAUAUUUAUUGCUUGUUCUUGGGGAGCUUGAACAACUUAUGUGCACAAAUAAAACAAUAUGGGCUAUCAUCAAAAGGUACAAAUGAAGCCAUGUUAGUGAUAGAAGCCUACAGGACACUGAGAGACAGGGGACCUUAUCCAGCUGACCAAGUUAUUAAGGAUUUUGAAGGAAGCUAUGCUUUUGUUAUCUAUGAUAGUAAGACUGGAACUGUAUUUGUUGCUUUGGGUUCAGAUGGUGGGGUGAAGUUAUUCUGGGGUAUUGCUGCUGAUGGAUCUGUGGUGAUUUCUGAUGAUUUAGAGGUCAUUAAAGCUGGGUGUGCAAAGUCAUUUGCACCCUUUCCCACAGGUUGUAUGUUCCACAGUGAGAAAGGACUAAUGAAUUUUGAGCACCCAAUGAACAAGAUGAGAGCCAUGCCAAGGGUAGAUAGUGAAGGUGUAAUGUGUGGAGCUAACUUCAAAGUGGACAUGUAUUCCAGAGUUAAUAGCAUCCCUCGAGUUGGAAGCGAAGCUAAUUGGUCUGAUUGGAAUGCUUCUUACUAAAUCAAUUUCUUUUCUCUCAUGCUUUCCAUGAUCAAAUGGACCAUAUUUGAUCAUCUUUUCAGCUGUUGUUUGUGUUUCUUCCAUGUUGGUACCACUUAGCUUCUUGUAGUUUGGUUUCUUCCCUGUACUUUUUGUAGGUGUGUAUAUUUAUUUCUCUUACUGAAAAAUAAAUGUAGCAUCAGCAAAGAUUCAGCUU